AUGGCCGCUCCUCCCCCUCAACCUGGUCAGAUGCCUGGUCCAGGCCAGAUCCGAAUGCAGAUGCCUGGAGGUCAGCGCCCAACUCCCGAGCAGAUCCAAGCGAUGCAGCGGCAACUGGCCAUCGAUGCCGAGAAAAACGGCAUGAGCGUCCCGGAAUUUAUCGAGCACAUCAAGAAGCAGGCUCAGGCUCAGCAGAUGCGAAUACGCCAAGCACAAGCGCAACAGCAGGCUGGCGGCCACGAUCACCAACACCCGCACCCUCCCCAAGAGGGCCAAGGUCGCGCCCAGCCCAUCACUCCUGGGCCCCCGAAUCCAAAGGCUUUGGCCGUCGCCAACUUCCUACGAGGCCAGGAGCUCAAGCCCCGCACGUGUAUCCUCAAUGGCGAGCGCAAAGACAUGUUCAAGGUCAAACGAGCUCUCCGAGCCCUGCAGUCUCCCGCGUAUGAGAAGGCCCGCAAGAAGAACCCUCUUCUGCCCGAAAUCACCGACCGAGCUUCCCUAGAAAACACCUUCAAGCUCCUUCCUCUGAGCAUGCUCGCCCUCCGAGUCACCAAGAUUGAGCCCCAGGCUGCCGCCAACGGCAAGAAGCCCAAGCGCGUCAAGGGCCAGUGGAACGUCAAGAUCGAGCAGCAACAGGAGGCCAAGGAAGAAAUGUACUAUGCCUGGCUCUGGGAGGGCAGUCAGAUCAUGCGAAAGGUCUAUGCUGGUCUUGCCCUUGUUGCCAUCUUCGCCAUUGUUCUCUACCCCCUCUGGCCUUUGGUGCUGCGCCAGGGAGUCUACUACCUGAGCUGGGGAUUGCUGGGUCUCCUCGGCUUGUUCUUUUUGAUGGCAAUUUUCCGUGUUAUCCUGUUCUGCAUCACCUACUUUGUUGCGGCUCCUGGUCUUUGGCUUUUCCCCAACCUGUGGGAGGAUGUCUCAUUCAUGGACAGCUUCAAGCCUGUUUGGGCCUGGCAUGAGACUGUGAAGCCCAAGAAGAAGAAGUCGAAGUCCGCGCCAACCAGUGCCAACCCCGCGCUGGCUGCGGCCACUGGCCAGGUUGCUCCCGCUCUUGCAACCACCACCGGCACUGAUACUCAGGUGAAUACUGCCGGGCUUGAGAAGCGCCCAUAUUCGGCGCCGAGGGUAGAGGAGUUGUCGGACGACGAGUAG